AACAAGAGCAAACGAGAAAGAUAAUAGAUAGAGAGGGAGAGAGAGAGAGAGGUGCAAUGGCGAGCAAUGGAAGCAGUAGUAGGCUUAAGCAGCGACUCGUUCGCAUGUUUAAACCUUCUUCUCUUCUCCGCUCCUCCUGCAACGGUUCCACCUCCGGUGCCACCAUCCUGAGCUCCACCGGCUCGAGCCGGACCCUUUUGCGCGACGUCGCCCCUGCGCCCGUCUUUGUCCCCCGCCACCACCGACACCGAGGUGUUGACGAUGAUGAUGAUGGUAUGUUCUUAACCCAUGACAGCCUCGGCCGAUCUCUAUCCUCCUCGAUCGCCAAUGAUCGUCGUCGCCAUGCGGCUCCCGUCUUGCCGCUCUCCAUAGAUUGUGGAGGUUGCCGGCCCACCCGAGACAGGCCUCCUCUCGUUGCCAAGCGUGAGAAGGGGAGACACGGGAAGAAUAAGAAGAGGGAGAGGAGAGUGAGAGAGACGGGUGGGUUCUACGAGACCGGAGAGGGGGAGGGGAGGAUGUGCCCUCCGGCCUCCCCUUCCUCUCCGUCGAAGAGUUCUUGUUACUACUACUGCUUCGAUGAAGUGGAGAAAAAAGAGAAAAAGGAGGAGAAGAAUAAAAAGAAACAGAAGAAGAAGAAGUUGCUGUCCAAUAGCUAUGGAUUCAGUAGCACUUCUUCUGCGGACAGUGUUGACGGGUUCGAGUUCUUUACUAGUGAAGAGCGAGAGGUUAAGGAGGAGACCGAGGCAUUCUUCUCGUCGAGAAGCUUCUCCUCCGACUCCUCCGAGUUCUACCAACGCCCCAACAACAAGAAGAAGAAGAACAAGAAGAAGCCGUCUCGGUGUCCGCCGAGAAGAAGAACGAAGAAUCACGAAAAUCGCAUUGCCAGCGAGGGGUUUCAGCCCUUGGUUUCGAUAGCCUCGAGGGAGAAGAAGGCGAGAAAGUUGGAGGAGGAGGAGAAGAGCGUGUUUGCGGUGGUGAAACGGUCGAGGGAUCCUUAUGGUGACUUCCGGAGCUCGAUGGUGGAGAUGAUCAUGGAGAGGCAAAUCUUCGGGGCAGAGGAUUUGGAGAAGCUCCUCCAUUAUUACCUCGCUUUAAACUCUCCACACCACCACCCAAACAUCCUCCAUGCUUUCUCUGAGAUAUUGGUAGUCAUCUUCGGUAACUGAUGUAUCAAAGCUGAUGGAAGCUUUUGGUGUUUCUCUUAUUGUUGGAAUGAUCAUUGUUAAUUAACUAGGUAUUGGUUACUGACUGUAAUAUUAGUCCGGUUUUUGCGUGUUAUCCUUCUAAUUAAUAUCUUAGCUUGGUUACUUUUUAUCA